AUGCAAUCGCGGGCGACCGCUCAAAUAGCCACAAAAUCGGCACGAUGGCUCCAAUAUAGCAACAGGGUCGGCUGCACGCGACUCUUCGCUUCUGCGGCGACACCAACACAUCAUAAGCAAAAAGAGGCUGUUCCUCCAGAGCUAGGUGGAUUAUCGUCAUCGCGGCCAUGGCAGAGUACCGGCGCUCAGGCUGGCUCGGUUACCCCUACGCCAACAAGCUCUUCGUCACAGUUUUCCAUCCCCUCGGUAAUCAUCCCGGCCGAAGCAGCAAAAUCUGGACCCGCACACAAAAUCCAUAUUCUAGGCGAAGAUGUGAGGUCGAGAUUUAUCGCCCACGCAUUAUGUAGUGUUUACGAUUCAGUCGAAAUGGUGCCGUUUCGCGAUAUGCCCCGGUCACGAUAUCGAAAUGUGGAGGAACUUCAGCCAGAAAGAACGAGAAAGUCUGCAUAUGCCGAGAAGAAUGCAGCCCUACACGAUGAAAAGGAAGAGAGAGAAUAUGAAGUAGGAAAAAAAGACGACCGUUCACAUAUUGACGAACUUAUUGUUACCGGCCGCGGUUUCGAGGCUGUCAAGGCGAUCGCUUCAGUCAAAGACCGGGUUGAUGAUAAGACGUCGAUUUGUCUUUUGAAUGAGGGUAUGGGAGUACUGGAGCAAGUCCGCGAACAUAUUCUCAAUGGAACACAGCCCGAGCCAAAUUUCUAUCUGGGACAUAUGAGCCAUUCCCUGGUCUUCAACCGAAACAGGGACUCUGUCAAACAAUUGAAGGCUGGGCGAACGGUUCUAACCACGGCGGAUGCGCUAUUGGGCACACAGCAGAACCUCCAUGCCUCCGCUGAGCCUCCCAGCAUGAUGCGAUCGCUUAAAAAGGCCAAGCAACUUCAAACGACAUACAGCACUUACGAUAAAUGGCUUCGGUUCAAGCUCCCCUCUAUGAUGUUCACGGCUGCUGUCGAACCUGUGUGCGUGCUUCUCGAUUUGCCAUACAAGGGCCUGAUGAACAACCGAUCAGCACAGAAGAUGAUAAACCUGCUGUUGGAAGAGAUGGCCUUGGUGACGCAAAAUUUGCCAGAAGUGCAGAACUCACCAGAGCUCAUUGAGUUUCUCCGCGGGGAGGGUCUAAAGAAGUUCUGCUACCGCCGAAUUACAGGAAAAUCCAAUGCCCCAAGUGAUUUGCAGACGCGCAUCAACAAGGGUCUACAGACGGAUAUGAACUACCAAAACGGAUACUUCUUGAAACGAGCAAGGCUUCUUAACGUUAAUACGCCUACGAAUGAACUGAUGGUGCAGAUGGUCAAAGCAAGACGAAAUGAGGCAAUGGAGAAGAGAAAUAAUAUCAUACCGGUCGAGGAGGCAUCAAUGAGGAAUAUUAGAGAGAGGGUUCAGCGCAAAACAGGGAGUUACAUUAUGUAG